UUCCAAGCUGGAGCGGCCGGGAGCAUCUGUGUGCGGGUGUCAGCCAGCGUUAUCGUCUCUCUCUCUCUCACACACACACUACUGAAACACUGCUUUUUGGGAAUAUAACAAAGGAGGUGGAAUCAUGUCUGCUGGUCCGGCGACGGUGCGCAUCCUCAUAAAGGGAGGCAAAGUGGUGAAUGAUGACUUUACCCAGGAGGCGGAUGUGUACAUUGAGAAUGGCAUCAUUCAGCAGGUGGGCAAAGAGCUGAUGAUCCCAGGUGGUGCCAAAGUGAUCGAUGCCACAGGCAAACUGGUGCUUCCGGGGGGCAUUGACACGAGCGUCCACCUGCAGGAGAGCUUCAUGAACGCCACCACUGCCGAUGACUUCUACAGUGGCACCAAGGCUGCUCUGGCUGGAGGCACGACAAUGGUGUUGGGUCACGUGUUGCCCGAGAAGAAUGAAUCCUUGCUGGAUGCUUAUGAGAAAUGUCGCUCUCAUGCUGAUGCCAAGACCUGCUGUGACUAUGCUCUUCAUGUUGCUGUGACCUGGUGGAGUCCCAAGGUGAGGGCUCAGAUGGAGACACUGGUGAGAGAAAAAGGAGUGAACUCCUUCCAGAUGUACAUGGCUUACAAGGACGUGUACAUGCUGAGAGACAGCGAGCUGUUCCAGGCCCUGCAGCACUGUAAGGACAUUGGAGCCAUAGCCCGUGUGCACGCUGAGAACGGAGAGCUGGUGGCUGAGGGUGCUAAAGAAGCAUUGGAUCUGGGCAUCAGUGGACCAGAAGGCAUUGAGAUCAGCAGGCCUGAAGAGCUGGAGGCAGAGGCAGUCCACCGAGCGAUCACCAUCGCCAACAGAGCUCACUGUCCUAUAUACCUGAUUAAUGUAGCCAGCAUGUCCGCAGGAGAUGUUUUGGCCUCGGGGAAGAUGCAUGGUAAAGUGGUGCAUGGGGAGACCACCACUGCCCAUGCUGUUAUAAACGGGCUGCAGUACUACCACCAGGACUGGGCCCAUGCUGCUGCCUAUGUCACUGUGCCUCCCCUGAGGCUGGACCCCAACACACCCAACUUCCUGCUCAGCCUGCUGGGAAGUGACGCUCUGAACGUGGUGACAUCAGACCACCGGCCUUUCACCACCAAACAGAAGGCCAUGGGCAAAGAUGACUUCACUAAGAUCCCUCAUGGAGUGCCUGGUGUGCAAGACCGCAUGAGUGUCAUCUGGGAGAAAGGAGUGGUUGGAGGAAAGAUGGAUGAAAAUCGGUUUGUUGCUGUUACUAGCUCUAAUGCUGCAAAGAUCUACAACCUGUACCCCAGGAAAGGCAGGAUCAUCCCAGGAGCCGAUGCCGAUGUGGUGGUCUGGGACCCUGAUGCAACCAGAACCAUCUCUGUGACCACACAGUGGCAGGGAGGAGAUGUGAAUCUGUAUGAAGGUCUGCGCUGUCACGGUGUGCCCCUGGUCACCAUCAGCCGUGGCCGUGUUGUCUACGAAAACGGCAUCUUUACUUGUGCUGAGGGUUCCGGAAAGUUCUACCCACUCCGAACCUUCCCAGACUUUCUCUACAAGAAGAUGGUGCAGAGGGACAAGUGCCAGUCUCUGAAGGGAGUGGAUCGUGCUCCAUACACAGGUGAGGUGGCUGCAGUGCAGAACACGGGCAAGAAGGAGGCGGCCCCUUCAUCUGGAGACAUGACCCCACGACCUUGUACUCGUCACGGAGGAAUGAGAGACCUGCAUGAAUCCAGCUUCAGCUUAUCUGGCGUCCAGAUUGAUGAUGACCUUCCAAAGAGAUCUUCCCAAAGGAUUCUGGCGCCCCCUGGUGGUAGAUCCAGUGGCAUAUGGUAACAUCAGCUGCUGCUGUUUCUCAAACCACUGAAUAACUAAGCCGGAAACUAAACACCUAAUAUUAUCUGAUGAUUUCACAUCGACCAAAAUUUAUUUAACCCUUGUCACUUUGCGACUAGCAUAAUUAAAUGUCCAUGUUAACGAUUUCAGGAAAAAGGGGUUUAUUUUGAAGGAAAAUGGAAAACAAGGUAUCUGUGUGGUUUGUAGAUCCUGUGUGAGAGAUGUGGGUAUUGAUGAAUUACACUAGCAUUGAUUAAUCUGGUCUUGCUGUCAUGUAUUUCAUUUGGUUAAGGUGCAAGCAAGUUCUCCUCUGAUCCUGUCUACUUCACUUUAUAUCACUAUAUUCAGAACAGUGCACUGUGAUAUGCAACAGUUCAAGGAAUACUUAGGGUUUUUUUCCCAACCUGAUCUCAAAUGAAUCGAUUUCAAUCCACCAUAUUUCCCCAUACGUACACACAUUCUCCAACAACAGCCCUUAAACUUUUUUUAACUUUUUAACCUUUUUAACUUUUCAAUUUUUUUAACUUGGUUUGGUGAAAAACUUUUUUCUGUUUCCUCAAUACAGAGAAACGUUGACUCAAAUCUAUCAUCAGUUGCACAUGCAUUGUUAAUCUAUUGAUGAUUGAUCAGAUUGAAAAAAAUGCUAUAAUAUUCCUUUAAAGGUGUAUAAAUUUGGCAGAAAUUUUGAACAAACAUUACAAUACCGCAGCUUAAUGGAUGUGGGACUGUGUAUUAUUAUAUAUUUUACCACAUUUUUUUUAAUUAUUUGGGCACAUGAUUGUGUUUACCUCAGUGUUUUAUUUUUGGAAUUGCACUUAUGUACAGUACUACCCUGCCUCUCCAUUUGUUAAACUGUACAUCUGUUGUGGUAAUCAAAUAACACAUAUUAAAAAAAAAGAUGCUUCUAUAUUGCAGCCUCAGUAUCGCUUUUGUAUUUUCAUUGUGUAUAUUGAAUUAUUUUUUUCUUUCACAUGACUGUUAAAUUGUGGAUGAUUCAAAAGCAAGCUAAAGUGUUUGAUCAAAUCUAUUUAAUGCCACAACUAUGAUUUCGCUCAAGACUGUGUAUGUUCAUAUUUGUUUUUUUUUUGUUUUUUUUAUUGUUUUAGCAUUUGUUUCCCCCACAUGACAUGGUGAGUGGCAACAGUGGUGUGUCCCUGUGCGGUAGACUUGUGCUGUGUUGCCGAUUUGUUAUCAAUAGCUGUUUGUUCUUAGAUUUGCUGAGACCGUUUAUGGUCAAGUAACAUAGUAAUGUACCUCCCAUAAAUGUGAACCAAUAUGAAUGCCAUGUUUACAGUGUCACAUAUCAGGAUUGAUUUUCUCAGUUAAGUCUGACCGCAUCAUGUUUAUGUAAUUGCCUAGGGUUGCCUUUUUGAGUUCACAGUGACAUAACACCAGGAACACUGCGAAACAAAUGUCUGUGUGUUUCCAAAUUUUCAAAUAGUAUUCAACUGAAAACAGUUUUAAUUAUUUUGAGACUUGGUUAAACAGUGGAGAGAGAUGUAGGCUUUUAGAGAUCACAAAAAAAACAUACUUCUACAUACAAGUUAUGGUUUAUUAUGAAUUGGCAUUGUGUUGUCCAAUAUAAAAAAUAACACCUGUAACAUCUGUAAAUGUUUCAAAACUCAAACACUUAAAUUGCAGUCAGUGACUGAAUGAAUAACCCCUGAAAAUGGCCAAAUGGCUCAGAAACAUAUUGAAGUGCUCGAUUAAAAGGAGAUUCAUUGCUAUGGUCUUUCAUUGGUUCUGUUACGACUCCUCUCAGUAGGCCAGCCAUGUUGGGAGACCCCACUGUAGACAACAUCUGUUACGGCAUAACGGCAGUAAAGAUGUCGAAGUGAACCUGUCCAACAGAUAUACUAGGAUUUCUCUAUUGGUGCUGAAUAUUCAUGCGUGUGGAUGUUUUUGUUUCCUUUUGGAACUCAACAUUUCUCUCGAUGUUUCUCAAACGUAUUUUUUAAUCUAUACCAUGUAUGUAUGCACUACAAGUGUAUGUGUUCUGUUCCUCUCAAAAGUUCAAAUAAACCC